AUGUCUACCCCAAUUCGACUCCCAGAUAACUUGCCCUACCCUAUUACUGUAGCGCAGUUGGCCGUAUCAGCAGGAGAUAUGGUGGAGAGGGGACAAAGACUAUUUGCUUAUAAGUAUUGGGAUUUUGAGCAAAUUGUGACUUCUCCAGGAGAUGAGUCUGCUGGAGGGAAGUCUAAAAGGCAAAGGAUAGAUUUAGUUGGGACUUUUGAUUCUCCAGUAUCUGGGCAGGUGGUAUCGUUGAAUAUUACGCUUGGUGACGAAUUUGUUAAUAGUCAGUGUACGGUUGCUGAAAUCAAACAACCAUGUACACAUGAUGUUACGUAUGGUGGGCUCUGUGUUCAGUGUGGUCAGACUGUGGAGGAUGAGCAGACUUCGGGUAGUCUUUUGGAUAACCAGGCUAAGUUAACAAUGUCGCAUACGAAUAUGAACAUUCGAAUUUCUGAGAAGCAAGCAUAUACAUUGGAAAAAAGUGCUCAGAAGCAGUUACGGGAGGCGAGGAAGCUGGUUUUGGUUGUAGAUUUAGAUCAGACUGUUAUACACUGUGGUGUGGAUCCAACAAUUGGCGAAUGGUCGAAAGAUCCGGAUAAUCCAAAUUACGAGUCUCUGAAGGAUGUUAGGUCGUUUUCGCUCCAUGAGGAGCCAGUUUUACCGCCGUUCUAUAUGGGUCCAAAACCACCUACAAGAAAAUGCUGGUAUUAUGUAAAACUGAGACCUGGAUUGCAGGAUUUUUUUUCAAAUAUAGCACCACAUUUUGAACUGCAUAUUUAUACUAUGGCAACCAGAACCUAUGCCUUAGAGAUUGCGAAGAUUAUUGACCCUGAUGGCACAUUAUUUGGUGACAGGAUUUUAUCUCGUGACGAAAAUGGUUCUUUGACCCAAAAGUCACUUGAACGGCUAUUUCCUAUGGACCAGUCAAUGGUAGUGAUUAUUGACGAUAGAGGAGAUGUCUGGAACUGGUGUGAGAACCUGAUCAAGGUUGUCCCAUAUGACUUCUUUGUUGGAAUUGGUGAUAUAAAUUCUAAUUUUUUACCGAGACAACAAAACUCAAUGCUACACCUAGGUAGAAGGAAUCGUAAAAAGCUAAAGCAGGACGAAGAGUUGCUUACCGAUAUUCUUGAUACGGAGAAGAAGUUGAAGGUGAAGAUUUCUGAAGAGGUAAAGAGGCAAGAAGAAGAAAUGCAAAAAUUAAGCGAAGAGAAAAUCCCUGAUCAUACCACUAGUAAAGAAGAUAUCGCGAAGAAACUGGAGCAUAAUGCAUCAUUAGAAGUUCAGCAACAAAAUAGACCGUUGGCUGAGUUACAGAAGCAUUUGCAUAAUGAACGUUUGUUGAUUGACGAUGAUGAUGAACUGCCUCACUUGACAGAUAUUUUGCUUAGAGUCCAUAGUGCAUAUUAUGAUCAGUUGGAAAAAAAUAAGCAUGGAGCUACUGAGCUCUCUCCCGAUAUUAAACACUUGAUCCCUAGUUUAAAGGAAAUUGUUUUCAAGGGCUGUAAUUUCGUUUUCUCUGGUUUAAUUCCCUUACAUACAAAUAUUGACAGAGCUGACAUUGUUUUAUGGACAAAUACCUUUGGUGCGAAAACUACUAUAAAUAUUGACUAUAAUACUACACAUCUGAUUACCAAAACCCCAGGGACUAUGAAAGCUAGACUAGCAAGUAGUUUUAAUCGCGACAUUAAAAUUGUCCAUCCUGAUUGGAUCUUUGAGUGUAUAGUGAACUGGAAAAGAGUUGAUGAAAAGCCAUAUGAAUUAAUUGUCGAGGAACCUGUUAGUAAAGAAUAUUUAGAAAAUUUCAAAAAAGAAUUAGAGGAAACAGAAAAGUCUAAAAAUUCUGUUGAUGCCAACAUAUCGUCUCAGAAGUAUGAAACAUUCAAUGAUGCGAUGAUACUGCUUGGUGGUAGCGAUUCAUGGUUGGAUAACGAUGAUGAGAUGGACGAGUUUUUGAAUGACAGCGAUAGUGAGGACCACAGGAACGAAGGAGAGAAUGGUGGUGAUAAAAGUACAACAAAUAGUCAUGAGAGUGUUAAUAAUAUUCAGCAUAAUAAGCUGACUGAAAAUUUGAAGAAUCAACAUAUUCAACAAAACCAAAAACCAUUAAGUCGUACUGUAAUGGAAACAAAAGAUAAGCGACCAUUGGACGAGCAUGUGGGUUCUGAUGAGGCGCCAAAAGUUAAACGCCAACAUAUCUCAGAAUCCUCUAUUGAUUGGGAAGAGGAAGAUGAUCUUGAAGCUGAAUUAUUGCAUGAACUUGAGCAAUAG